AUGUGGAGCAGAUUGACUGGUAGCUCUGCUGCCUCCAAUAGCAAUAAGGACGAAGAAAGUCGCCGUCGCCGUACUAGCGACUCCACGCGUUCCAAGCGCGACCGAGACCCAGACGCCCGCUCAGUCGUGUCAUCGUCGACAGCCCGCAAGCCCGCAAGCUCUCGACGCGACACUGCGCCGUCUUCUUCCUCAAUCGCCUCCUUCACCACUGCCUUCGACGAGAUGCCGCGCUCACGGGCCACGACAAACAACACCAACAGCGAUCCCUACGACGACGACAAGCGUCGCGAUGAUCGCCGCAGCAGCUAUGCCGAGUCGUCCAGCUCCACACUGCGCGACGACAAGGACCGGAAGAAGGGCAAGGAAUGGAAGCUUGAGAAGCGCCGUUCGACGCGCUCAGUGCGAUCUGGCAGUGCGUCGCAAACUGGCGCCGGCUACAGGGGCGACAUUGUCGAUAGCCCCAAGUCAGUCCAGCGCAGCUUCAGCGGCCAGAUUGGCAGCGACGGCUUCUCGCAGUUCCCAGGACAGGCAGGAGCGCCCAUGAUGUCGGGCGCUCUGCCAGUAGGAAGUCACCACCCACCACCACGCCCCGAAGACAUGGACAAUCACGUGCAAAGCCAGUUCCCUGGCCAGAAUCCGGCGCAGUACACCUCAAGUGCGCUACCUGGCGGCCAUCCCUUUGGAGCUGCUGCUGACUUCUACAACGACCAGGGCCAGUCUGUGCAUCAGCAGCCUGGCGUGAGGCCUCAGCCGCCCUCUGUCAUAAUAGGACAGGAUACCCCCCAUCUCAUGUCUGCCUCUGCGCAGCCCAACCCGGUUGCCGACACCGGAUCGGGCGCCGCCGCAGACUUCUACGGGCCCAGCACGAAUGUGCCUCCAUCUAAACCCCCAAGGCCAUCGAGUUCAUCUAUGCCCGGCGCCUUCAUCGACGACGCCCCGAUGCCUCAGAAGCCACCACGGCCUGCAUCUUCGUCGAGACCCGACAAGCCAAGCACUUUCGGGCCAGCUGCUACUAUGGCUGGCGGAGCUGCUCUUGGAUAUGCCAUGGGCCAUAGCUCGUCUAAUCAGGAACACUCUACGAGCUACAGCCCAGCCAAUGUUCGUCCUUCUACUUCAUACACUUCUUAUACUAAUAAUACCACCCCGGCUGCUCCGGCCUCCACGUCCAUGUACAACAUAUACGGCCCGGGUCCUAAUUCUUCUAAUACCGCUGCCCAUGACAGCAGCUACCUCCCGCCCUACGCUGCAGCCGCCGCCUACGGUGCGGAAGGCGCGCCUCCCCCAAAGCCACCUCGGCCGGCCAAGCCAGAUAAGCACUCGUCUGGCAGUAUUGCUGGACUCUCGGGCGGCAUGGCACAGCAGCAUCAGCACACUGGGCCUGUCUCCAAAUUCGUCGACUGGUGGAAGGACUAUGAGGAUGUGCAGAAGAUGGAAGAGUACACUGAGUACAUCGGAGUCUGCAAGGGUUGCUUUGACCCUCGCUCUUCCGUCUUGGACGCUCCACGGAAGCACCAUUACUACAAGAGGCGAUCCAGUGAGUUCAUGCGACCAUCUGGUGGCAUUGAGAAGCAGUCCCGAUAUUCACUCAAAGAGAAGAAGUCUCAAAGCUCUUUCUCUUCGGGCGAGGAGCGACGGAAAACCAAGAGCAGUGCCGCAGGCUGGGUAGCUGCAGGUCUGGGCGGCAUUGGCUUGGCCAAGGCUGGAAAGGCUGUUUUGACCGCCGGUCGCGACGACUUUGAUGACACCUACAGUAUCAAGUCCGGACGCUCACGGGUCUCACGGCAUAGCCGCAGCCGAUCACGCGACCGCAAGAGCUAUAGCUAUGGUAGCUCUGGCAUCCGUCACCGGAGCCACUCUGGCGAUCGCAUGUCCGUCAUGUCUGUAGGCGUUACGAACGACAAGAACGACCGCAAGGACUACAAGAUUCGUCGCCAUUCUCGAUCAAGCUCCAGUUCAAGCAACAACUCCAGACGCGGCAAGACUGGCUUGAUCGGUACUGCUAUCGGUGCAGGUCUUGCAGGAGCCGCCCUUGGAGCGGCUACAAGGAAGAAGCAACACAGCCGAUCCAGGUCGCCUAAGAGGGUUCAAGUUAUACAUCCCCGGAGAGACAGCAGUGACGAUGAGCGUCGUAGGAGAAUAUCCCAUCAACUUCGACGGAAAGCAUCUCGAAGCUCCACAUCCGGAGCCUCCGUCAUCGAGAUUGGCGAGACUCACGAACCCCAGGGUGGCUUCCUCGGUGGUUUCUUCGCCGCACCUCCACCGAAGGAGAAGCGAGUGAAAACCACCAGCCUAAAGAAGAAGAAGAAGGGCUUCUUCAACUUCAGCAACAAUUCAUCAUCCUCAUCCGACUCUGAAAUGGCAUUCGGCACCGGUUACGUGCGGAGGACGCGCCGACGAUCAUCAGGAGGACGAUCAUCACCGAAGAGACGGAACUCAGAUGAGCGACUGAAAGCCUCACUGAUUGGCCUUGGCGCUACCGCUGCUGCUAUCACGGCUGCCAAGGUUGGCAAAGGUAAACGCCACAACGAGGUUGUAGCUGUGAAGGAGAACCGACUUGGUCGCAAAGCAAGCCAAACUUCACGGCCCGGCUCGCGUUACGGAGACGACGAGUGGGAGGAUUUACCGGACGACGGAACCUCAGAUUCCUCGAGUGACGGCGGUCUUGUUUACGGUGAUUACGCUCUGAAGAAGACUAAGAGCAACGACUCAAUUGGAUCCAACGAUUCAGGCACGAACAAAUGGGGCUGGCGCUGGGGUUUUGGCAAGAAGAAGAGAAGGUCAUCAAAUAAUCUCUACGACAACAUUGCCAGCACAUCACUUAUCGGACCUGCCGCAGCUGGCGCCGCAGGUGGCUUGACUGGCGCCGCUGUUGCAACUGCUCAUGGACAUCACGACAGCGAGUCCAGCAGCGCACAGACACUGCAGUCGGUCUACCCUGUUGCACCUCUUGAUCCCAAUGCGUCGUUUGAUGCACGCCGCACAAGCUCUAUCGUCACCAAUCAGCCUUUGACCACCUCAGGCCCUGGCCCUAUCCCCAUCCAACACCCUCAACCAGUACAACAAGUCCCUGGGGCUAUUUACUCAACACAAGCGCCACCACAAUCUAGCUACCCCGCUCCAGCAGGCCCUCCAGUCUUCUCGCAAGCACCAUAUCCCCCUCCAUACCCCAUGCAAUCUCAAGUGCAGAACAUUAUUGUUCAAAGUCCUCAGCAUCCUCAGUUCCGUCGAGCGAACUCUUCGCCCAUUCAGAGCUCAUCAUGGAAGCGAGACGCGGCUAUGGCUGGACUUGCAGCGACUGCAGGAGCUGCAGUAGUCUCCGCACUCAAACACCCGGAUCGUCCCCCUAGCCGUCCGCUGUCCGCAAAUAGUAACGUACGCUUCAAUCUAACGCAGGAGCAAGCAGAGAAGGACUUGCGUGAGCGACGCAAGGAGCAAGAGCGACUAGACGAAGAAGCCAACCGUCGUCGAGAACAACAAAAAAUAGACGAUGAGGCGCGAUGGGAAGAGGAAGAACUUAUUCGUCGAGAGCAGCAGCGACAGGAUGAGGGGGCACGACGAGAAGCAAUUGCGCGACGGGAAGAGGAGGAUCGCCUGCGCAGAGAACAGCAACUACAAGAGGACGAGGCUCGUAGAAUCGAAGAAGACCGUCGGCAGACAUUGCUCCGCUUAGAGGAGACAGCACGUCAAGAAGAAGAGCGGCGCCGCGACGAAGACGAGCGUCGUCGUCAGGAGCUGCAGCGGCAGCAGGACGAGGCCCGAAAAUUCAUGGACAUCGAACGCUUGGCCAGGCUUGAGAAUGAACGCCGUCGCGAACAACAAGAGGUUCAGGCACGCCAGGCUCGAGAAGUAGAAGAUCGGGAGCGUCGGGAGCGCAUGGCCCAAAUAGAGCACAAGCGACAGCUCGCAAUUGAGGUUGCUGAAGCUGAGCGAAAGCGGAGAGAGCGACGUGAAUCUCAACAACAAGAAGCCGAGCGUCUCGAGGCUGCGAGACGCGAAGCUGAGAUUCAAGAGGACAUGCAGCGACGACUUCGAGAACGCGAACAGGACUACACCGACCGGUACCCAAGCGACAGAGUGCGCAAGCUUGAACAACAACCAUCGGGAGAUUCCAUCGCUUCAACUGUACAGCGAAAGGAACAAGAGCUGCAAGACCGUGAACGCGAGGCUUUCAAGUCUGACAAGAAGUCUUCCGUUGCUGGGGCUGUAGCAGCCGGUGCUGCAGCAGCAAUCGCAACUGCGGCGAUCUCCUCCUACAAGGACAAGGAAAAGGAGCGAGAGCGCGAGAAGAAGCGCGACCGCAAGCGUGAAUCCUCGUCUUCCAAGUCCUCCUCCUCGAAGAGCAGCAAGAAGCGAGAGUCAACCAGCGUCAAGACCAUUGAGCCCAGCAAAAUUGAACAGGACAUAUUUGACGAUGAGAUCUUCGAUCCUAACAUCUUCAAGAAGGACAAUUCUCGACAAGAAGCCCGCGAUGUCCUACGAGACUGGGAAGACAGGUACUAUGCCAAGCCAGUGUCCCAAGCUGAGUUCUUUGCACCGACAGAGCUUCUGGCCAACGACAAUUUGCCCAAGGUUCACGCCGUAGACCCGAAUGAGGGUGCUCCUGACCUCCCUGUAUACCAGUCGUAUGAAGACUACCCAAUCAGCCAACCCAAGGUCCCACCGUAUCCCCCAUCGUACUCGUUCACCGCAACCAGAGAUGGCCGUCCUUCUCAACCGCAACCACCGCCUGUACCAUCACUGAACCUCAUAUUGCCUACACCCCCCGGCAGUCGCGCUCCCUCUGUGCGCAGCCCAUCGCCAGCAAUGGAGCCUAUCAGGGAGACUAGACGCGAGCCAAGGGACGACGAGUCGAACCGAGCAAGAUCCAGGGUAAGCUGGGGCGAGAACCAGUUCCAUCACUUUGAUGUCCCGACUCCAGAAUCUUACCGCGAGCAAUUCGUCUCGGACGGUGAUCUCAAGUCGCGUGAACCGAAGCAUCCAGUCGAUGAGACUGCAGUUGAGCAGGAGGCGCCCAAGUCCAACCAAACGACGCCUACCUAUACGCCCUACCGCCCAGAGAUGUCUACAGUCUCCGAGAGCAAGGACACCGCGCCCAGUACACAGUGCGUUCGUGACGAGGAGGAUUCAACAUGGGAUAGUGUCGUGGGUGCUGCUUCCAAGAAGAGCAAAAAGAAGGAGAAGAAGUCCGCAGCAGCGGCGGCAGCAGCAGCUCUUACCACCGCCGCCGUUCUUUCCCGAGAGGAAAACGAUGAGCGUGAGUUGCGUGACUUCAGACCUACCGCGUCCAGUUUGAGCAACCCGUUUUCCGAUGCGAACAUGGCGCCUUCCACCAUUGCUCCAUCAACUAUUUCGGCAUCAACCAUCUCGGCAGCACCAUCGUGGAACUCCACCGUCACUCCAUCAACCAUUUCCGCAGCACCCUCUUCCAUCAUCUCUUCGUCAAUCAUUUCUGCUGCGCCAUCUACGAGCAGUGUUCAAACAGCAUACUGGCAGCCUGAACCGGAGCGCGACGCAUGGAGGGCACCCCAGCAGACUCUAGUGGGCCCAGGUUUUGUUGAGGGAGAGGUUUCUACACCGCCUGCGACUAUGCAUAUGCCUGGCGGCUGGGAUGACAUGCCUGAAUCGGACGUGCUCGCAGGGGAGUCUUCAGCAUACUCGACGAAGAAGGACGAAAAGGGUAAGAUUGAGUCCAAGGAUACUAACAAAAGCGUAGCUAUGCAGAACGUUUCUCGACGUGUGGACACAACACCCGCCGUUGUUCCAGCACCGGUCAAGGAGAAGGAUGUCGAACGGGAAGCCAAGACAAGCAAGAAGGACAAGAAGAAGAAGUCCAAGGAGUCCAAGAAGGCAUCGAAGCGAGCUAGUAUAGAUACUUGGGAGAUGAGUGAGCCUAGUCCGCCCUCCAGCCCGAUCGUCGAACGCGACCCCAGGGACAUUGAGCCUUCCCGAGAUCCUAGAGACAUUGAGCCCUCUCGGGAUCCUAGGGAUGUCGAGGCUUCUCGACCUGCUGAAACCUUACGCUUCCCCGAACCGUCUCGCUAUAACGACCCAUCUCGAUCCAUCGAACCACCACGCCUAGGAGAAGCAUUCCAAGAAUCACCCAGCACUUCUCCAAAGAAGAGUUCUCGUCAUGAGGAGAGCAGCGGCAGUAAAACUGCCACUGCUGCGAUGGCCGGUGGUUUCGCUGCUCUUAUGGGUAUGACUAUGAACCAGGAUCAGAACAGGAUGGCCUCAGAUCUCGAACGCGCCAGGAAGAGCCUGGAGUCUACAGAGAAGCAUAGUUCUCCUGACUCUCCUGUGUCUCCGACGAACGGCGCACGUGCACUUGAAGAACACGAGAAGAAUGUAACAAUCCCAAGCUACGCAUUCGAGGGCAUUGACGAAUUAGCCGACAAGACACCCAGACCGAAGGUCCAGAAAAGACACAGCAGCGGCAAAUGGUCACCUAGCAUCAGUUCUCCUCUCAGAACCGAGACAAAGUAUGAAGACUACAUGGGUGCCCGUACCAUUGCUGAUCCUUCGAGAUAUCAAACGAUGGUUGAGGCUCCAAAGGUUCCCACUUCGUCGCCGUUCACAACAGCACCUGACUCAGCCAACGCUCGCAACAUAACUGAUUCCGGCUACUAUGCUCCUGACGAUAUGCCACGCAGGGCGAGCGACGAAAGGGAAUCCAAUGGAUUCUAUCCCGCGAGCUCCAACGACAAGGAAAAGGACAGGCGCACACGAGACGAACGAGAUGAGGAUGUCGACGACAAAUACGACGAUGAUCUGGACGACAGGCCACGCAGGUACGAUGACGAUGACAUUGGUUCAAUCGCUUCUUUGAGCUACAAGUACGAGGAUCCAGACCGCGAAGAGAGACGUCGUAGACGCCGGGAAGCCAAGUCUGAGACCCGUGAGAAGAGCCAUGACCGCGGUUAUGAUCUUGAGGAGGGUGGUGAACGAAGGCGACGACACCGCCGUCAUGAGACUGACGAAGGCGAUGAUGACUGGGAUACGAAGUCUGCCAUCUCCGAUACUCGUUCAGAAGUUCCCGGCGAACGACGACGAAAACACAAGAGGAGGGAGAGUGAGAAGGACGUAUCGCCCGAGAGCAAGAGACGGUCGCGCUCGUCAGCAGCUUCCGAAUUCGGUGACUACGACGAUGAUCACAAGUCCUCCCGAAGACGCUCUAGACGGGACGAUGACAUGGUUUCUGUCGUGUCCUCUAUCCCAGAUCUAGACGAGGAUCGCAACUCAAGGAAAGAGAAGGAGAAGCGCCCAAGUGGCCUCUUGGGCCUUUUUAGCAGCAAGUCAAGGGAGAACCUGGCCGAAGCUUCGAGCAAGUCCUCGAAAUCAAAGGACGACGACGAUGAAGAACGCAAACAUCGUAGACGGAAGCAUCGGUCGGAUCGCGGUUCUACAUAUGGCGGCUCAGACGAUGAUGACAUGCGUUCCACGAUCUCAAGCAGUAGCCGACGCGAAAAGAGGAGUAGUCGCAGUCGCAGCGAGAGAGGAGAUGGAGACAGGAGGGAUGCUUAUGACGAUAAGGAUACUUUACACCCUCGAACCCCGCCCUCGCAUGCCGAUGUACAACAACAAUCAGAACAGCAGUCUUUUUUAGGCGAUCGGGCAGUGGCCACGGCCACUCCAAGUCCACUGCCCGUAAGUGAGCCUGUCGAUCAGGCCCACGAGGGUAGUGGCAUAACCCCUGGAGAUCGGCCCGAAUUUCCUCUUUCGACAUCAGACGAUGCCCAACGCCUCACCGCCUCUCGAGACACCGACCGACCCAGAACACCACCCGAGCUGUCGUUCGAAGACAGUCGCGCGCUACUAACCCGUCUCACAGGUCUACAGCCUUGGCAAUUGGAAGCUUUCCCAGACGAGCUUCCUCCCCUGCCGCUGUCUAGGCCAGGUUCGCCCACCCGGUCACCAGACGUCUCGCGUCCUUCGACUGCGGUUUCUCAACGUCGGCUAUCUUCUACCGCAGUUCCUAUACGAUUUCGCAAGCCCGUUGUCCCCUCUACUACUGAUCCCAACUUAGCAACUAGUCCUGUCUCUGUUCCUUCACCAACUCGUUCUCGCCAUGCCAAGACCCACUCUACAGAGUUCAGAAACUCUCGUGAGUUUCGACCAUUGUAUCUUGUGGAGCGAAACCGCAAAACCGAUGAGAUCGACGAGGUACUGCCAGCGCUUCCACCCAGUAGUGCCUCUUCAGUUGUCUCUGGCGCAGACUCAGAAGAAGAGUUCGAAUCCGCUCUAGAAUCACCUUACGAGAGCACUGGGCAGUCGUCCAAUGACCAGUCUUUUGAUCCCCUAAGUGCUGUAUCUGACCUCAUCUCGCCUCGCUAUGGAGCGGAACUCCAGCAUCCUGAGCUUGCACAUCGCGAGGUUGAGGAAGUCGAGGAGUCUGGCCAAGCUACACCGAAAGCUUCCGACUACUUCACGGGUGCCCAGGAAGCAUCGUCACAGUUUAGCGGUCCAAACUAUGAAUCGCUUACUGCGGCGCUGGAGCAUGCCCGGGCACAGGAACAGGAUGAGUCCACCGAUGAUGCCUUCAUGUCAACCUUGACUUCUCCACAGCCAGAGACUCCGCUUGAUGCAAGCGCUCCGCUCGAUGAUAGGAUGAUGCGUGACGUGUCUACAUUUCGUGAAGCUACUUCUGCGCCUUCAAGUAGUUCAACAAGACUUCAGGAUGCUUCUCUUGGCGCAAUGGUAGGAGGACUGACAGCAGCUGCUCUGCGAAAGCGUUCUUCCUCACCAACAAGGUCCCGGCGCGAUGACGCUCCAGAGCAGGCUUCGCCAGUUGCUGAGCCGAAGCAACCUGAAUCCGAAACCAUUGCACCUGUUGUCGAACCAUCCCCGAAGAGCAAGGGUAAGGGUAAGAAGAGCAAGAAGAGUAAGAAGACUGUUCCUGUUGAGUCUCCAGUGCAUACACCGACCGACGAGAAAAUCGAGUCUUCCCCCACCCUCAGCCACACUUUCAGCCACGCUCCGACAUUUGUAGAAAACGAGGAUGACUGGAUCAAGAACGAGUCUCAGUCCAUCGUUACGGACGAUGCUACACUUGUUGGUGAGCCGGUCGCCACACCUACGGAUGCUAAGGGCCUUCGACAAAAGGUUAUGGAGGCUACUGCACCAAUGGGAGAGCAGUCCACUGAUGUUAGGCGCGCUACUUUUGACGAUGUUCCUCAAGAAGCUGCGAGGUCAAUCGAGCCUGUCGAAGAGGCAAAGGAGGAUCUUGAGCUACCAACCGUUCCUACUAUCGAGACGGCGACGGCUUCACAAGAUACACCUAUUGAACCCACUCACUCUAAGUCUGCUGAUGUCUCGAUCACUGAGCCAGUUACUGAGCCAGUUACCGAGUCAGUCACCGAGCCAGUCAUCGAAGAGGAGGUUGCGACUACACCGAAGGCGAAGAAAGGCAAGAAAGGCAAGAAGGGCAAACGCGGCAGUAAACAAGUCGAGUCUGAACCAUCAUCUCUACCCGAAGUCGCUACUCAAGCCGACCAGAUUUUGCCUUCGUCUGAAUCGCAACAAGACAUCAUUGAACGCGAGAUUCUCGAGCCAUCCUUCGAACGCGCUGAGACGAAUGACAAAGUAGAUGUCAUGGAUUUCUUAGUCCAGGAGGACGUGCCAGCCGCUUCGAUCGAUGAAGCAGUUCCACGGGAGGCAGUUAUUGCGCCCAUUACUCCCGCAAACCCUGAAGAACCCAAGAUGAAUGUCCCGGCUGGGCCUGCUACUCCUGAGCUUCAAGGUCGGCCUAGCACAUCUGAUGGUCCCGAACAAGGUAAGAGCAACGUUGAGGAGCAGCGUCGCGCCUCUACCAUCGAAGGACAAUCGGGUGGAUCAGGCUGGGGUUCCGGCCUAUGGGGUGCUCUUGGUUGGGGCAAGAAGAAGGCACCGUCGCCCACAUCUUCGCCUCCAUCUUCACCCAAACCCCAGUCUGCCGUCCUCGCCGCGCUAGCUGCUGCUAGAGAAGAGGCCAAGCGCAAGGGACUGCCAUCCCCGCCGAUUGUGCCUGACAAGAAGAUCGCCACAGUCGGAAUCAGGCCUACUCUCUCCCGAAAGACCACACAAGAUGAAUCGUCAAAGCCGCAGUUGCAGCUCGAGACCGAGGUCAAGAGAGCUAUUGUACCUGAUCAGCGACCUACUGAGACAACCCGCGAUCUCGUGCAAGAACAAGCAAGCUCUAGCGUCACUCCUCACACUGCCUUUUUCACUGAUGACGGGAAACCUCCUUUCGCAUUUCCUCAGCCAUCAGCAGUAUCUCAAGAACAGCCUUCCAAUACUGUCAAAGACGUCCCUGCUGUUGAAGAGAAGUCUACGAAGCAAUCUGAAGUGGCUACACCGUCUACUGCUUUCUUCACAGAUGAUGGAAAGCCAUCUUUCACGUUCCCACCGGUGUCUUCCACACCUGCAGCUGAAUCGACGACCAAGCCUGAAGAACCACCUGCCACGAAGGAGGCAAAGAGCCCUGCGUACGUUCCUGCGCAUAGUGCCUUCUUCACUGAUAACGGAAAGCCAUCCUUCACCUUCCCGACAACGUCAACCUCCCCUGCUGUCGAGCCGAGCGUCACGACCAAGGAAAUUCCCAUCGCAAAGGAUUUCGCAGCUCAUGUGGAUGUCUCGCCGCGCAGUACGUUUUUCACUGACGACGGAAAGCCUUCCUUCUCGUUCCCUUCGAUGCCAUCUGCUACUACAGAGCAAGCUCCGCCGAUCACGAAGGAUGCGGAAACUGCAGAGGGACGAAAGCCAUCUACCUUCGUUGCGCCUCGGAGCACUUUCUUUACUGAUGACGGGAGGCCGUCGUUUGCGUUCCCAUCAGCGUCAAUACCCGCCGAGCAGGCUGUCUCGAUUGUUAGUGAUACGAAGCUUGAAAAGAAACCAGAAACGCCCACGUUCAUUGCACCUCGGAGCAAUUUCUUCACUGAUGACGGAAAGCCGUCUUUUGCCUUUCCAUCAGCCUCUACACCUAUUGAGCCCUCGGCAUCGAUCAACAAAGACACUGUCGUUAAAGAGAAGCCUGCGGAGCCUCUGUCUCUUGCUCGGAAUGCUCUGUUCACUGGUGAUGGAAAGCCUACUAGCACGCUUUCUGACUCAGUCCAGACCGAGUCUGGUGGUUCUGCCUAUGAUCAAAUCUCGCUCGAAUCCAGCUCAUCGAAGAAGAAGAUUAUCAAGCCAAAGAAAAAGACGAAGAAGAGCAGCGUACCAAUUCCCGACUUCGAUGAGCCUAUAGUUGACGCUACUAAGUCUAUCGAUGCUCCCAUUGACGCUGCUGUGGAAGCCUGGGGUGAUCAAUCAGCCACUAAGCCUGUUGAGCGUGAGCUUGAAGCUGAGCAACCCGUGGAGACUCCCAUGGAGACUGCGAUAGAGGCCUGGGGCGAACAGCUAGUACCUGAGCCUACGCCUUCAAGCGAAGAGCCCUCCGUCGUCGUUCCUACCGAACCUGCUGUCAAGCCCGAGCAAUCGAUGAUUACGGAAUUGUCUACCUCCGCCAAUGACGAAGUCACGCCGGCUGCUACUAAGGAAAAGGCUAAGAAGUCCAAGAAAUCCAAGAAAGCUGAACCGGAAAGCACAGAGGUUGAGGCGACGACUGCUACGAUACCUGUCACCCCCUCUGCUGAACGUUCGCUUGAAGCGUCAUGGAAUCCUGCAUUGCGCAGCGAGAAGGAAGCGAGUGCGCCAGUCAGCGCGAAACCCACAAACGACUCUGUGGCCACAACCGAACAUACUUCCGUCAACGAGCCAGUAUUCGCGGAGACUGUGCAAGAAAAGAUCGUACCGUCAAAGACGGAGGGCAUUGACCUCGCAUCGGAAGUUACACCGACUGCCGAGGAGGUUGCCCGUGAAAACCCCUCCCUUCCCCAGGAUGUACCUACUGCGAUAGACCGUGAAGCACCAGUCGAGCCCUUGUCUUCUAUCCAAAACGAUGUGCCAAAGACCAAGAAAACCAAGAAGAGUAAGAGGAAGAGUGGUAUUUCUACGCCCCAGCAGGAACUCGAGCCUGUUACCGAACCUUCCUCUGCUACUGCCUUUGACUCUGUUGUUGUAGGUGAGAAAUUGGUUGAUCAACCGACCCUCGCUACGGACAUCAUUGAGCACUUCGCAGUAGAGGCUACCGAUAUACCUCUGCCUGCUGAACAAGCCGACGAGGAUCUUGCGCAACUUCUCAAGCAGGAAACUCCCAAAAGCAUCGUUGCCGAGCAGGAGCCUACAUCCGAACUUCCGUCGGUGUCCGUAGAAGCUGAGCUCCCUGUUACGCCCAAGGGUAAGAAGGACAAGAAGAGCAAGCAAAAGAGCGGUACUGCGACGCCCCAGCCUGAGCUUGAAGUCGCACCUGAGCAGGCUACGGCUCCCAUCGAGACUGUUGCGUCAACAAGUCAACCAGUAGUAGCUACAGAGGAGGCGGUUGAUCGAUCCCGCGAUACUGCGCAACUUCCGUCGAUCGACCGAGUCGACACCGUAGAAGCUUCUCUCUCAGAGCAGAAGCUUGACGAUGUUGCUGAUCCCGCAGCUAUCCCUCUUCCGACUGCCAGUUUCGACGAGGAUCUGUCUACGCCACUAGAGCAGCCAACACUCGCAGCCGAGACCUCGAUUCCCGCUGAGCCGAAAGCGGAAGAUGCUCCAUCAACACCUACUUCGAAGAAGGACAAGAAGAAGAAGGGCAAGAAGAGUAAGACUGUCGAGGCCCCUGCGGAGGAGGUUGUGAAGCACGACGAUGAUGCUGAAGUCAACCCAAAUGUGAUGGAGGAAACCAAAAGUAGGGAGACUGUUCAAGAGAGACUGGUCGGUGUGGAGACACCAGCGGCCGAGAAGAACGAGAUCCCGGAUAUCGAUGGGAAGGAUUUAAGCACCGAGGAGGUUGCAUCAAUACUGCCUCAGGAGCAACGACAGACCAACCUUCUGAACGAUCAAGCAGCCACCAAGCAAGCCGCAGAGCCCAUGAACGAGAUACUUGAACAAGUUGAGCCGACACACCUCGAGCACCAGUCUGAAGCUCCUGUUGUAUCGAUGGGCAACGUACCGGUAGUCGAACCAAGCCCACUGGCGGACCCUGUAGUCGACGAUGUUGCCAACGCAGCAUCUUCCUCCAAGAAAGACAAGAAAAAGAAGAAGAGCAAGAAGGCAAAGGCUGUUGUCGACGAGCCUAGCACACCCGUUCUUGAGGAACAACGCGAGCUUGAGAACGUCCAAAUGGAACCUGAUCUCGCUUCCUCCGAACCUGCGCCGGAGCAAUCCACACAAGCCGCGUCGCAAUCAGAGCGCAUCGUUGACGGUGUGGUGCCAAUGCAAGGAGAAAGCAUUGUGCAGACUCAGCAGCCUACUGUCGAGGACGCAGUUUCUAUCAUCACCAAGCAGCCGGAGUCACCACAGCCUGCAGUGCCGAUCGAGGAAGAAGUCGCAACUCCUUCGAAAGAGGCCCAAGAGAGGAGCACGGAUGCGCAAACAUCAAUAGAUGUCCCAACCACUGACAUUCCGCGCGCACUAGAGCCUGUUUCAGAUGUCGCUGAAGUUCAAGACAUUCCCGAAGCAGCGUCUGAAUCGCGAUCAGUACCCGAAUCCGUUCGCGAAGCAUCGACUGAUGUCAUACCUGAAUCUACUGUGAUUCAUAUUGAGUCAACUCCCAAGAUUGUCAGAGAGCAAUCUACCACGAACGAUCCAGUUAUUGUACCAGUCUCUCCAGUCGAGGAACCGCCACAUUCUGCUACGCCUGUGGAGGAAGAGCCUACAACGCCAUCGAAGAAAAACAAGAAGAAAGCCAAGAAGGCCAAAUUUGUCGAGGUGAACGUAGCCGAUGCAAAGACGGAGACCCAAUCCACUACCGAAGCUGCUAAACCUGAGACGAAUGUAGAUGCUGCUCCGGCUGCAUCUUCUGAGCAACCACAACAACCUCAGGUUGAGACUGGAGUAACCGAAGCCAACCCCGCCGCCGAUGUCGAGUUUGAGUUACCUGUCGAAUCGGUUACGGAGGCUUCUCGGCCUUCCUUGCCUGCCGAGCAUCUUCCACGCGAGCCAUUGCAAGAGGCGUCGGUCACAGAACCUGAGGCAGUGCCUCUUCCAGAAACACCAGCCCGAGAGAUUGAUGAGCCCGUCGCUGGUGAUCAGUCAGCAACGCCAUCCAAGAAGAGCAAGAAGAAGAAAGCUAAGAAGGGCAAGUCGACCGACACCGAGCCAAGUACGCCUAUUGCUGAAGUAGCCACUUCUCAGCCUGACCCAUUUAUUGACUCCGCUCAACCUGAGCAACUUACAGCUGAAACUGCUCCUUCUAUGCAAAUUGAGCCCGCCAAGCCAGAGCAGGAUGCACCGUCGGCUGAACUUGUAGCUCUUCCCGAAACCGACGACAAAGAUCUGGAAGAGCCGGUACUUUCCCAAGCUGAGGCUACUCAGGAUAUCCCUGCUGUUCGCGAAGUUGUUUCCGACCUCCCUGAUAACGUCGUUGGCACACAGCCGAACCUUGCCCAAGACGAUGUCGUUCUCGCGGCGCCUGUUGAACCAGCCAUGGAAGCCGAACCAGCGGAGCCGAUCUCGAAGAAGAGCAAGAAGAAGAAGGGCAAGAAAGGCAAAUCCAUCGACACUACUGAACCCAGCACACCGGAUACUGAGGAGCCAGCACCACAGUUCGACGUCCCCUCUGACUCUGCCCAAGAUGUGAAACGCAUCGAGGAUGAUGUUACGCCUUCGCAAGAGACAACUCGCACAAUCGCUGAUGUUCCACUUUUUGGUGAGCUUUCCAACCCUGAGAAGCAAGCAAGGGAGGAGAAGGUCAGCCAAGACGCUGAGGUUGAACUAAACUCGGAUGCGCUUCUACCUGAACCUGCUACGGACGAUACUGCGACAGCUGCCAAGCUUGAUGUUACACCUGAGGCAGCUCCACAAGAUACCGCUGAGCAACACCCGACGGCGGGAAGUUCAGUGCUCGAACCCGAGGUCGCUGAUAUUUCUUCCGAAAGACCGGUCGAUUUCGCUGCCGAUGUUGCUAAGCCAGUAAAACCUCUCGAGAUCACUGCUACGGACGAGCAGCCAGUAUUCGACACUCCUGUCAUCCCGGUCAUUGAUACAGACCGUGCUGUUGAAGCCGAUCAGCUCACACAACCCGUCUCAUCUGCAGCACCUCUCGAUGACGUUGAGGCGACUGAGAAAGCACUUCCAGAGACCUCGCAUGCAGAAGAACCGGUCGAAGCCGAAGCUCCAAGUACCCCCAAGAAGAGCAAGAAAAAGAAGAAGGGCAAGAAAGGAGAGUUGGUAUCCGAGCCUCAGACUCCCGUUACCGAGUCUGCGUCAGUCGUCCCUGAAACCACUAUCCAAGAUGCGCCUCCACUCACUGUUCCCACGACUGAGGAACCGACCACCCGGGACGUUGUAGCUGAGCCUGCUGCUGACAUUUUGACCAAGCCCAUCGAGGCUCUUACUGACAAGCAAGAUGUUACCACUCUUACGGGGCCUGCUCAAUCUCAGGAUGUGGCCCAACCGAUCGAUGCCGAGCAAACACGCGAGGAGCCCAUCUCAGGACAGAGUACCGAGGAGGCAACACCGCUUACAAAGAAAGACAAGAAGAAGGCCAGGAAAGCCAAGAAGGCCGAACUUGAGACUGAGACGCCCGAGGUAUCUUUCAUGCCGAUCGAGACCACGCCGCAGACGCUCGAUGAGCUGGCUAUCGAGGAGUCAGUCGCGCCGGAUGCUCAAGUCAAACAGAUCCAAGAGCCCGUCGUUGAGACACAGACCGUUCCCGAGGCCACAUCUCCGAGAUCAACGCCGUUGGAUGCUACUAUUCAGGAUGCUGUUCCUCUGAGCACUUCUCAGGCUGAAGCCACCACCAUGGCCGAUGCUGCAGCUGUACCCAGGAGCCAAGAUGACGCCAUGGCUACACAACCUGAGGUUGUCGCGUCUGUAGUCCAACAGAACCAAGAGGACUCUACUUCCAAGAAGAGCAAGAGAAAGGCUAAGAAGGAAAAGCGUGCUUCCAUCGCUGAGGAGUCCACUGUCACUUCCGAAGAGAACAAGAUCCACCAACCAGAGCAACCGGCGUUUGUACCCGAACCUGCUGGAGAAACAGCAUCUAUAUCUGCUGAGGUUACGGAACCUACAACAGUGACUGCUUCAGGCGAACGGCCUACUUUUGACACUACACCUGCGCCGGAAGUGUCUCUCGAACGUCAUGGCGUUACUGAUGCUACAUUCCCAUCCAUUUCCAAGACAUCAGUCGCAGAGACAAAUGAAACAUCGAUGCCGAAUGAGCCAGUGCCUGAAAUCCAGUCAAUUGAGAAGACUCCAUCUGCUGACGCACCCACGCUCGAGGGGCCCACGGCACUGGAUGUUACUGAAGAAGCCGCCGUGCAUCUCUCGAAGAAGGACAAAAAGAAGGCUAAGGCGAAACGCGUUUCGAUCGCCGACGAAGCUACUUCUAUUCCGCCCACUGCUACCGAGGAGAAGGUUGAGACGGUAUUGGAGGAACAGACGCAGUUCACGCCCCCAGCUACUGAGAAAUCCAUCUCUGAAGCUCCUGUCAUCGAGGGGAUGUCAAGCACUGUUCCUGAGGUUACUGAAGAUCAAGCAACUUUACCUGCUUCUGUCCAAGACUCCGCUGCCAAUAUCGCGCCUGCUUUGGAAGAUCUCACUCAAGUUGAGGCAGUGCCAGAGACCGCGAGCCCAGUCUCGAAGAAAGAUAGAAAGUCGAAAAAUUCGAAGCGCGAAUCGAUGACCGAAACCGAAGCAGAGACCCCAGUCAAGACGCCGGUGGUGGAGUCACUAGAGCGCUCUCUCGAUGUUGCUGCUCCGACUGUUGAGCAACAGCCUUCCGAAGUCGCAUCAACGGAGCCUACCGCAACAUCGGUGAUUGUUGAAGAACCUAGCAAAAGCGAGGUGUCUUCCGCCGUUCCCGUUGAAGAAGAGCGCUUUUCAGCGACACCACUUGUAGAAGACCAGCCAUCUGACGCGGUGACCCUCGAGCCAGCUUCUGCUGUCAUCCCGAUCGAGGAUCCCACGGAGGAGCCUGCAGUGACAUCUUCAGCCAUCGAUGAGCCAGUGAUGCUUCCUAAGAAGGACAAUAAGAAGGCAAAGAAGAGCAAGCGUGGUUCAGUUGCAGAGGCCGAGCAAUCAGUACCUUCUGCUCCAGUCGAUGAGUCUGUUAAAGAGCUUGUGGAAGCAGUCAACGACGGUUCUACUGUUGAACAAGAGCCUGCGGCACCAGUCGUCGAGCAAACAGAGAGCUCGAACGUCACUCAUUCAUCUUCUCAAGAUAUACGACCUUCUACUCCUGCGAUGGAGCAGAUUGGUACUGAAACUAUGGAAGAAGAUGCUGCGUCGAAGUCGAAGAAAGACAAGAAGAAGGCGAAGAAGGCAGCCAAGCGUGCUUCUAUCACUGAAACCGAGUCUUCUGAACUUCCUGUCUCCACUGAACCAUUAGUUGAAGAAGCUGGCACAUCCUCGAGUCAGCAGCCUUCUUCGGUGGUGCCUGACAUGACAACUGCCCGCACCGUGGACGAGGCGCCGCGAACGGAUAUUGACGUUCCUAUUACUCCAGCUGUAGUCGUUGAUGAGGGAAACGAAGGCAAGAAGCCGAUUAUCAACAACGAUGAGAAGACCUCCGUAGAAGAACAUCAGGCCAAUAUCGCGCCUGUAUCUGAAGCUGCGGCUAAGAUCACACCUUCGGACGUAUCAACUCUACCUAGCGCCACAGCUCCUGUUACAACUUUCCAACAGGACGAUGAGCAAGAGCCGGAGGAAUGGGCUGGGUUAUCGAAGUCGGCGAAGAAGAAGCUGAAGAAGGCCAAACGUGCAUCCGUUACCGAUGGUGAACCAUCUGGGCCAGCAGCACCUCUAGAGAAUCUACAACAGGAUCUUACUACCGAGCCUCGGCCAGCCGAACCUCAAGCAGCUAAAGAGCUCACUUACGAGCAGACCCCAGCAGAUGCAGCCCUCGAAUCCAUAGUUCCAGGUGAGGAAUCUACUAGUAAGGCAAAGCAGGUCGAAGCGCAGCUUGAGCCGACCACUGCCGCCGAAGAGCCAACGACCGACCCGACGCCAGCUGAAGACCAAGCCACCACCGUCGCUACUCCAGAACAACCUCCAGGCGAUCCCAAGCCACCGGACAAGGAAGCAGAUUCGCCUUCAACUCCGUCCAAGAAGGACAAGAAGAAGGCGAAGAAGCAAGCUAAAAAGGCGGAGUCUUUUUUAGCGGAUGAGACGCCUGAGGCAGCCAACUCUGAUACUCAGCCGUCUCUGUCGAUUCCUACACUUUCGGAGACCCAACUACCUUUCUCGGGGAUACCGACAUCCUAUUCCCAGCCUUUUACGAAUAACGAGCUUGUUGAUGAUAAUGAUGCGAAGAUUGAAGAUGCAAGAGAAGAGCAUGGACGUGGGGAGGAGAAGAAAGAGGAUGACACCAAGGAUAGGGUUACGGGGAGGGCAGUGGAGGAUGUACAAGAGAAAGAGCUGGAGGAGAGACCAGAGGAGCAGGUGGAGAAACUUGCAGCUGAGGCUGUAAAGCAAGAGCCCAUGAUCAUAAGCGAAGAAGUGGCAGAGGAGAGUGCUACGGAGACCAGCGUUGCUACAGAGGAACCGAUGGUCAUUGAAAAACCGGCUACCUCGACCGAGUCCCAAGAGCCCGUGGUUGCAAGCGCAAAUAUGCCAACGGUGGAUAUAGAGAGGCAAACGUCCACUGUGAAAGAGCUUGCACUCGAGCCAAGCAUUCCUAUCGAACCCACUGUCGUAGAAUCAUCUCCAACUGUGGACGUCGAGCCAACAAUCACGUCAGAAGUCCCUACUUCACUAGAGAUGCUGCAGCCACAUACUUCUACUUCCUCGGAAGCUGAGAAGAAUCAGGCCACGGCUCUUCGCCCGGAAGAGGAGACUGAGAACGUUGUGGAAGAAGCUACUUCGACAUCAACGGCACAGCCAUCGCAUUCAUUCAAAGAAGCUGACGAACAGGUGGCUGCUCCCCCUAAGAAGAAGAAGAAGAACAAGAACAAGAAGGACAAACGCGUAUCCAUUGUUCAAGAACCAGAGCAGGCCACCAGCACCCUCGAGCCUGAGCGCGAUACUACGGAGAAGUUGGGUGAGGAUAUCACAGCUUCGGGACCCAAGGAGCCAGUCAGGUCUUUAAGCGAAGAUGCUGGGCCUAAGGAGAAUGUUCUAAUCGUUGGAGACAAUACGGUUGCGCAUUCUUCCGAGCCGGAAGCCGAUGCAAAGCCCGCUACCAAAAACGUCUCCGUUUCCAACGACGCUCAGGCAGCUGCUAUAGUUCAAGAACCCGUACGUUCUCCGACCGCAACAGAACAGCGCCAGGAUGUGCUUACACGGCCCGAGACGUCCACAUCUAUGAAUGGAGAUGGAGACGAGCCAAUCAUCGCGAAGCCUACACUCAAAGACACGGAGCGUGCUGUUGAGAGUACUGAACAAGCCACAAUUGCUCCCUCGGAGAUUGAACAGACGCAAGAGCCAACGUUCGAGGAGCCUAGUCCUUCUAAGAAAAGCAAGAAGAACAAGAAGGCCAAGCAAGCGUCUAUCACGGCGGCACCUCUUGAGACUGUUCCUGAAGUUCAGCCUUCACAGUCAGAGGAGCAGCUAGCUGUGCAGCUCGAAUCAACUCCGCUGGCUUCUGGACCGAUCAAUGAGCCUGAACUAUCGCGCGAGGUCAUUGUUCCUGAUCAGGUCGAGAAUGUACAGCCAUCCGUCGCAUCAACUAUUGAUACACCAGCUGAUGUGACGGCAACUGUGCCAGAAGAACUGACUUCGAUGCCUCUCGAAGAGACAAUACAGCCACCGGCACCAACCGUCGACCGUGAAGCGCCUGUCGAGGUUCAAGAAGUCAUACCUAUUGAGGAGCUCUCAGUACCGUCACCUUCGAAGAAAGACAAGAAGAAGAACAAGAACAAGAAGGCGAAGGAGGAAUUCGACACUACGGCACCGGCCGAAGAUGUUGCCCUAGGAUCACCACAAGAGCCCAUUACCGAAGCCGUGCCGGCUCAACUGAACCCAGACAUUGCUGAGCCGGUUGCUGAACCAACACCAGUUGGAGAGGUGCUCGUAUCAAAGCCAGAAGAUGUUGCCUCUGUUCCAGAGAAUAACACCAUUGAGCCGACAACAAUCGGCGAUGCUCAAGUGCCGAUGAUUGAGGAUGUUCGCGAGGCCCGAAAGCUUGUGGAAUCACUGCCUGAGCCAGAAGCGACCACAGAGCCUGUAGAACUGGCAUCUCAAGUACCAUUGCCAGAAGACCGUACCACCAGCCCGCCAACUGAGACGACCAAUGAUACACCGGUUGUACUAUCUGACCUCGAGAUCCCAUCGUAUGCUCAAGCCGAUCAACUUCCAACAACGACCGUAGAGCAAAAGGCCUCAGUCGAAGUAGCUGAUGACGUACUCUCGUCCAAGAAGGAUAAGAAGAAAGCUAACAAGACGAAAGCGGAGACUUUGGAUACCCUCACGACUAUUGACGAAGCUACAGCGGAGUCUAAGGUUGAAGUUGUCCAAGACGUUGGCGCUAGCAGCAACGAAUCAGCCACUCGGGAUGCGCCAAUUGAUAUGCCUCAGAAUGAUGCUGUGGUUGAGACAUCUGUACGCUCGAUCGACAGCGAAUCUUCACUCAAUGACAGUGCUCUUCCACUGCUUCUGAUGCAGGAGAUCAAGGAGGAAACCGAGAAGUCUGGUUCCACUACGCCUCUCGUUGAAAAUAUCCAAACCGUCUUGCCAGAUACUACCCUAGAGCCUGCCGCCGAGCGUGUGAACGAGGGGGUGCAAGUCCCUGCGAUACAAGAUUUUCCCGUUGCACAGGAUAUCGUUAUCGAAACUCCAAUUGAGAAAGGUGUCAGCUUUGGUGGGUCUAACGCUAUUGCCACCCCGGCACUUGUCGAAGAGCCGUCUACAGACACACCAGCAGUAGUUGUUGAAUCUCAAGCCGGGGAGCUACCGUCGCCAUCUAUGUCAAAGAAGAAAAGCAAGAAGAAGAAGAGCAAAAAGACAGAUGCUGCGACGCCAACUCUCGAAGCCCAACUUACAGCUGAGCCUGACCACGGUGCUACGGCUACCGAGGAUAUCGUGCCUCCCGUAGCCGAAGCACAUACUUCUGUUGUACCAGCCAUGAAUAAGCAACCCACGGUAGAAGAGGCUGCGAUCCAACCAGAGAUUCCUUUACUGCCGGAAACAAUUAUCGAGACGCCUGCUACCGAGGCUGUAUCUGCGGCCAGCGAACAGGGUUUGUCGCCACAGACGGCAAUUGUAGAGGAUGUCAUGAAUGAGACAGAUGUGCAGGAGCCUGUUGUUGAACGCAAGCUCAGCAAGAAAGAAAGGAAGAAGGCUCAGAAGCAGGCCGCCGCUCUGGCUGAUGAACCUAUAAUUGAAAGUGAGCUUGUUGUCGAGCCUGUUGUCGAGCCUCUCAGCGAGCCGACCACCGAGUUACCGAUCGAGCCAACCAUCGAGCCGUCCACUGAGCGAGCGACGGCAGAACCUUUGCCUGUGGCUGACAACUUUGACACUACUCUUGUUGAACCUACGCAAGAAUCUGUUCCAGUGAUUCAAGAGCCUGUUGUCGAGCAUGAGGCUUCUCGCGGAGUACCGGAACCUGUGACAGAAGACCUUACCGUAAGGACGAUUGAAUCACUGCCUCAAGAGACAGCCGUAGAAGAAGUGAUCGCUGCGAGCCCAAAAAAGAGUAAAAAGGCCAAGAAAGAUAAGAAGAACAAGGCACAGCCUGUUGUUCUCGACCUUGCGAACGAGCCCGUCCGUGAGACAUCCGAACUUCCUGGACAAACUCAAGCAUCGGAAACGUUCGAGGUCGAGCCUGCCACCAUUAAUUUACCACAGUCUAUCGGUUCAGAAGGUCAAGACGAGAGCAUUCAACACACGAAACAGUUCGCCACGGUCCCGAUCGAGGAGCCAUCGAAAGAGCCAACAAAGACUGAGACUGAGCCUUUUGCUGCUGUCAGCAAUGCUCCGGAGUUUUUCGACCAGCCUAGAAAGCCAGCUUCGUCACCAGAAACGGAUAUUGCUGUGCUACCGGAAAGCGUUCCAUCGGACAUUCCCGAAGUAUUAGACCGUUCCGUCCCUGAAGCUGAGGGACCCAUACCGACCGUGGUACCACCAAUUGCAAAAGUUCUUGAGCAACAACCCUCUCAGGAGCUGUCCUCAGAUAUCGCGGCAGUCGCACCAGCUACCGUAGAUCCCCUGCCACAGAGUGUGGAGGCCGAAUCAAUCUCCAUACCUUCCUCAUCUCAACCCGUCGACGAGGUGGCUCACGAAUCGCAAGCGACCCAAGAAGUGAUGGAUGACCGUAUUGAUAUUGUGAUGGACUCUCCUCAGUCCAAGCGGUCGAAAAAGGAGAAGAAGGGCAAGAAGAGCUUCUUGGCAUCUGAAAGCAGUACUCUGGUUGGAGCGUCAGCGGAACCAGUUACGAUAGUGGAUGAGAUUAGGAAUGUUCCGGAGACACCGUCUGAGAACACCGGUACUCAGCCGAGCAUCGUUGAGUCGUCAAUUCCGGAGGUUCCUGUGUACACUUCACCAAUCCUAAAGGACGAAGUGUCUUUUGAGCCUUUUGAUUCAACUACACCUAUCAACGACAUCCCGCCUGUAAUCACCGCUGAUGAUCCGAUUAAACAGACUGACGUUUUACCCACGAUCACUGAAGGCACAAGGGAAGUGAAACGGCCUGCGACACCAGUCGAGGAGAGUGUACCGAUCAUCAUGAAGGCCGAGCAAAGCCAAGUGCCCUAUAUCCCCGAUGCUACGUCGAAAGAUGCCCAUCAAAGUCUUGGUGAGCAGCAGUCUAUCGAGCCUAUCGAGUCUCCUAUCGCACGUCAAGAAGCCAGCCAUGUUACCCAAGACGACAGCCUUCCAGCAAGCGAACUAUCACCCUCCCUCAAAGUGAUCCAGGACGAAGCUACUGAUUUGCGACUUCGUGCUGAAUCCCUUGAUACAGAGCUCGCCAGGCGAGAAGACAUCCAUGAGCCCUCUACUACUGAGCCGACUUCUGUAUUCGACAUAGUCAAAAAGCUGGCAAAGAAGGAUAAGAAAAAGGCAAAGAAGAGCAAGGACGAUUCCGAUACUAUACCGACGACUCCUGUAGCCAAACCUGAGGUUGCGGUCGAGACGGGGGAGAGUGUCGAAACGCCUGCAUUCGUAUCUGCGCCUGCUUCGGUGGAGGAGCAAGUUGUCGAGGAGAGGGAAGCUGUUAACACACCCAUGUUGGUAGAAGAGAACUUAGUCUCGACCGAUGCGCCUUCCCGUGAGCUGAGCAAGAAAGAGGAGAAAAAGAAGGACAAGGAGCCUGCAACUAGCUUUGAUGAGCCUCACGAAACAUCAACGCAACCGAUCGCGCCGAUCGACGAGGUCUUAAAGCCAGUCAUAGAACAGCCAAGGGAGGAUCUACCGGUUGCCACUGAGCCUCUAGUCGGCACCAUCGUAUCCAGUGAUACCCUUCAAACUAUGCCGCCUAUGCAUACUGAGCGAAUGGGCCCUGUUGAGUCACCUACGGUCGAGAUGCUGCCCCCAUCGACCGAAACUCAAGACGUCCAAGAAACAGUCGUGGAAGAGGAACCAGUGCCGUCGAGGAAGCUUAGCAAGAAAGACGAGAAGAAGGCUGAGCAAGUUACUGCGUUCAAAGACACACCAGCGCCUUUAUCUGAGGAUGUUUCCACCGCUACCGUGGCUGAGUCUCAAGAGGAAGCUUUCCCUGAUUAUACGGUAACUGCUCCAGUUCCAGCGCCUGUCGCCGUGGAGCCCCCUGUGAUGAGCGUUGAGGCAUCCAUUAAGCUCGCUGUGGAGGAACUUCCCAAUGUGCCGCGAACGUCAAGUCAACAUGAGGAGGCACCGGUUCAUACUCCAAUCGCCAUGCCAACAGAGACGACCAACGACAGCCUGCCACUGGUGGCUAUUGAGCAACAAGAAACGAUCCUCGAGGAGCCCUCCAUUCCAUCUCGGAAGCUUAGUAAGAAGGAGAGGAAAAGAGCCAAGCAGGAUGCGCUAGCGGCGCAAGAGCUUGAAGCGUCCGCCACGAGAGAUGCAUCAGAGAAGGAACGCCACUUCCAAGAGCCAGCAGAUGUCAAGCCUCUAGGCGCACCGACCGUUGAAGAAGAGACAUUCAGACUAGAGCCGACUACUGUACCACGAUUCGAUGCGGAACCAGAAUUCACAGUCACCGAGGUCCAACCAGAGCCUUUUAGAACCGACGUCCCCGUCAUUACUCAUCUUUCGGAAAGCACCCAGGAGGCUCGCAACAUUGUUUCUGCCCACGAGCCAGAACAAGAGCCCGCAAUUACUCCUGCUCUAGUACGCAAAGACAGCAAGGACAAGAAGAAGAGUAAGAAGCAGGAUCCGAUUGUUGACCAGGCUCCCCUGCCGAGAUCUGAUGGUGUGUUAAUGGCCGAAGACGUUCGAGCCGAAGAGCGGUCGGUCAACCCAUUGGAUCCUAUGAAUCGUCAACUCCCGAUCCCCGCAGUGGCUCCAGUUGAGCCCAUUGAAGACGCGCCUGUCGCACCAGUGACGGAGGGUCGGCGUGACCUAUUCACCAAGGUCGAGCUCCAAGAGAUCAUAAUUCCAAAGGAGGUUUCGGAAGAACGUGUGACUGUCAAAUCUCCCGCGAUUGAAGCUACGCCCGAGGCUGAGACAAUCACAACGACGGACCAAAAGCAGAAGCGCAAGUCAAAGACUGCUACUACGUCGGAGGAGGAGCCAGUCAGUGUCGCACCUAUCGUUCCGGUCGAGGAGAUAGCCGCCAUACCUGAGUCGAACGUCGUACGUGAGACUACGCAGGACUUCCACCUAAAGGAGACUCAGAACAACGCCCUUCUUCUCGAAAACGCGCCCGUGACACCAUCAGCGCCUGAGGUAGUGGCUGAAGUAGUUCCUAGCAAGCUAAAGGGGGUACAUUCCAGGUCCAAAUCCAGCGUUUCAAUCCCUGAUGUUCAGGCCAGAGCCACCGAACUCGACAACACUCCUCAGCAGCCACUGUUGCACAAGAAGUCAUCCAAAAAGCACAAGUUAGCAGCCUUGUUUGAGCGCGGUGCAUCGCAAGAUGGUCCCACAGCGGAACGCAACUUGCGCAGGGAAGGAUCUGGCAGUGUCAGAAAUCUCGCCGAAAGAUACGAGAGUCAAUCCCGAUCCGUUACACCUGUUCUACCCCCGUCCCCCGAAAAGCGUUAUAUGUCUCGAUCUGUUACGCCGGUUCUACCCCCAUCGCCUGAGAAGCGUCAUGUGGCUCGAGUUGCGUCCCGUAGUCAACUUGGCUUAGCGUCACCAGUACGAUCAGAUUCGAAGUCACCAGCAAGAGAGAUUGACUUUGCAGCCACCGUCGCGGCCAGUUUGCAAGAGUCUGGUUUUGAUCCUGGAAUCGUCAUCAACGACAAAUCUUUCCAUCGCUCGAACUCUAUCUCAGGAGUUCGUGACAUUGCGCCAGAUGAUGACAUUACCGCUGCAAAGGAGAGAGCCAGCAGAUCUCGGCUCGGUAGCUUGAGCCGCUCUUCAUCAGUUUCUGGCUCUCCAAAACUCCGACCACUACAGCCUGCCGGACCUGAUGUCUUACCACCGAUCGAAGUGGCAAUGGCACCCAUGGAAACUGCAUCAUUCGAUCCGCUAGACGUGCUCAACGAUCCUGCUUUUGCAGCACGAAAGUCACCUCCCGGUGUUCUUGAGGAGGCUGACCCUGAUGAGUUGGCUGGGUCUUCAAGUCUUAGAAGAACUAAGAGCAAGAAGAAACGUCAUCCUCUGCCAGAGAUACCAGUAGAUGUCGAUAUGAUUAACACGCAAGAGGACACUUUGGUCGCACAGGCUAAAAAAGUCAAGAAGUCAAGAGAAGCCAAAGAACGGGCUCCACUUCAGCAAGACGGUGUUGAGUACGCAGCUGCAGAGACUCCGGCGAUUGAGGCUCUCCAAGAUGUGCCUCUUGCUGUUGAGACUCCAGUUGACUCCACAGUCCGCGAGGUUGAGCCUGUCCAGUCCGUGCCUCUAGUGCUGACCCGUACUGCUGUCCUCCCGGACGUACCAACACAAGCAACAAACAUAUCGGCUACACCUACUGACGUUGACGAGGGACACUCAAAAAAGCAAGAGAAGAAGGCGAGAUCAAGGAAGACAGUCAAGGAGGAGGAACCUGCAGGCACGGAAGAUGUUCCAAUCCUACCAGUGACGUUCGAUCAGGAGCCCCGCUCACUGACUGCUGAAGAGCCGAGGGAGUACCCAUUUCCACAAGUGGUGUCACCGGAGGGGAUCUCGAAGCAGCCGAUGGAGGAAUCGCGCAGGCGUGAAUUAGAGGAAGAGAGGGAUAUGGAUGCAUGGGCCCCAUCGACAAAAAAGAAGGGCAAAAAGAGCAGAAGAGUUGAAGAGAAGGCUGAGGAGGAGUCUACAACCACGAUGGGAGACGUACCGCCAAUUGAGACACGAGCUGCCGUUCAUGAAGUCCACAAACGUAGGACCCAUCCUGUAUCCUUUGAUGAUGAGCGACCACACGAGAAGCGUCUACAUACAUCAGAGCCCACCCAAGAGCCUCAAUUCGCCACCGAAAGAACAGCGUCACCCUCGCGUGUCGUCGUGCCAGAGCUCGCACAUCUCCACGAGGACUCAAAUAGGCGGGCGUCAAGUGCAGUACCAGCCAAUGAACCAUCAUGGUCUUUUGCUGGAGUUCAGGACAAUGUCGACCAAGCCCCCGCCACGCCACAACUGGAACAGCCAGCCGAGACGGUAGCACGUAAGCUGAGGCGUUCGAAGGAACCAAAAACUCCUCUGAGUGCAUCAAAACGCUCAAUUGCAAGUGAUCGAGAUGCAGAAAGCCCUGCUUUGCCAUCAUACCCAACGAUUCCUAGCACGUCAACCCCGAGCGACGAGUACGCGACGAAGGAGCGAUCCUCACACCUAUUCGAUUCUUCGCCAUCAACGCGCGCAUAUGGCACUUCGCCAGCAGUUGCGCCGCAAACGCCUGCUCAUGACACCCAGAUGGUCGUUGAAACCCCGUCCAAAGAUAACAGUGGAUCGUCGCGAGCAGGUAAGAAACCGCGCGUCGAGUCGCACCAUGGCCGGGCAUCACCUACGAAGGAACUCACGCAGAAGGAGCCAUACAAAUCCUUGUUUGGUGAUCCGAAUGAGAAGAAGAGUGAGACCAUUUCAGCACCCGUCGCAAAGCCGGAACGCACGAGCACGCCAGGCACCAAGCAACUUGAAUCUAUCACAGAAGUCAGUCCGGAUGACACCACCACACACAAAAAGCCACGGUCCAUAGCCGAUGUGGGUGUGUCUGAUCGAGGAUUGAAGUCAGCCCGUCGCACCGAGAGUCUCAGGCAACUUUCUGAUCGUCUGAGAUCACCUCCGCCUAGCACACCAACACCCACAGGUCGCCGAAGUGUGCAUUCCACAGUCGAAAACACAGCCGGAAGAGACUCGCCAUGGCAACAAGUCAACGAGAGCGUAGAUCGAACCAUGACUCUCAGUCCCGCACGCCGUAUGCCACGAUCAUCCCCAAGCGCAGACCCGUUGAAGCAGUACAUUGCUGAGCAGCGGUCGCCAAGUGUUCAAAGCCAACGCUCUCUAAGUAACAUUGCAAGAUUGAGGUCUCCGGACCAAGAGCGACCUCUGAGCUCUUUGAGCAACCAUUCCGAGCGUUCCUUGCGAAGAGUUGACCGACAAGUGUCAGGUGACCUGAGAUCCGCCUCCAGGCUUGGCGCGGCCAGUGCGCAGGACGCUAAGAGCGCGCAACCCAAUCUCUCAAGCACGGUGCUUGCGGCUGGAGCAGCAGCCAUCGCAGGUAUCGCCGCCCCACCAGUUUACGACCCAGUCCGGGGUACAGGUAGAGGUCGCCGGACCAGUAUGGCCGAAACCUUUGAAGCAUGGGGUGAAGCCCAAAGGUCCCCUAGCUCGCCCUCACGUCCACCAAGUGUGCGCAAACGUCAAAGCAUGCAAAUCAUGGAUUUGCAGACUCAACUCGACCAACUAGCUGCGCAAAAUCAAGCUGUCGAGGAUGCUAAGGUCAAAGCUGAGGAGGCCUUGCAGGCUGCACAACAUCAGCGCCAGGUUGACGAGCAGCUAGUAGCUGAAGAGGUAGAAGCACGUGACCGUCAGAUUCACCAACGGGAUAUCGACAUUGCGCAACUCAAAGAUACGCUCCAACGACUACAAGAAGAGAUUGCACGUCUGAAUCAACUCAAUAACGCACUAACAGACGCGAAUCGCAACCUGACCAAUGAUGCGAAUGAAAGAUAUGCGCACCUUCAAUCCGAGGGCCAAAUGGUGCAUGAGCAAUGGCAGUCAUCACAACGGGAGUUGGAAAGCCUUCGUAAUCAGUACGCUCAGCUUCAAGCUGAAGGCCAGGCCAUGCAGCAGCAAUGGCAAACAUCACAAAGAGAUUUAGAAGAACUUCGCCGCCAGCAUACCCAGAUGCAGCGAGGUUUGGCGGAUGCGGUUCGCGACGAAGUCGGCGAGGCACUUGAUGAGCGCAACGCCGAGAUUGAUCGCCUGACUGCAGAGCUUGCAACCGCACGCGAACAGAUCAAGAACCUUCAAAAGCAGAUCUUAGCUUCCAAGAAGCCCAGUGAAAGCUUCCUUACUGUCCGCGAUGAGGAUUACUUUGACAGCGCCUGUCAACAACUCUGUCAACAUGUCCAGCAAUGGGUGCUACGGUUCUCUAAGUUUUCCGACACUCGCGCCUGUCGCCUUUCGUCAGAGAUCGCUGCUGACACUCGACUGGAUGCGUCAACGCGCCAAAAGAUCGACACUCGCCUGGAUAAUGCCAUUCUCGAUGGGUCAGAUGUCGACGCGCUCCUGGCGGACCGUGUUAAGCGUCGAGAUGUGUUCAUGUCGGUGGUCAUGACUAUGAUCUGGGAGUACGUCUUCACCAGGUACCUUUUCGGUAUGGACAGAGAACAGCGCCAGAAACUCAAGGCGCUGGAGAAGACGUUGUCAGAAGUUGGCCCACCUCGCGCCGUGGCACAAUGGCGAGCUAUCACACUUACCCUUCUUGCGAGGAGAGAACCUUUCAUGCAGCAGCGUGCCCAAGACACAGAAGCUGUCGUACACGAGAUCUACAGCACGCUUUCGACGCUUCUUCCGCCACCAUCGCAUCUACAGAAGCAGAUCCAGGAAUCAUUGCGCAACGUUAUGCGCUUAGCAGUCGAACUAUCAAUCGAAAUGCGCACCCAACGCGCAGAAUACAUCAUGCUGCCGCCACUACAGCCUGAGUACGACACCAAGGGCGACCUAGUCGCCAAGGUCACGUUUAAUGCCUCUCUGAUGAACGAACGAUCAGGCGAGACAACGUCUAACGACGAACUCGAAGCCCGUGGUGCAGUAGUCAAGGUCGUACUCUUCCCACUUGUUGUCAAGAAGGGCGAUGACUUCGGCGAAGGCGAGGAUGAGAUUGUGGUCUGCCCAGCGCAAGUGCUGGUCGCAGGAACCAGGAGUAAGAAGGUCGUGAGAGUCAUGAGUGGAGCUAUGUCGAUCAAUCGUCCCGACUCACGAGGAAGUCGCAUCAGUCGGGUAACGAGCGUCGCGCCUCCUGAGAGUACCAUCAUGGACUACGAGCAAGGCGGGAAGAACAUGUUUUAG